AUGUCAUCUGAAUCGGAAUUUGUGCGGACCAAUGCUGGUUUCGAUCUGGUUGGAGACUCAUGGGUGGUGAAGGCAGCACGAGGAGUUGGCCCGUUUUUCUCUGCUGCAAUGAUGAACUUGUUGGCAGUACUGCUGCUGAACAGACCGGAUUCGCUUCUCUUGAAUGAAACGGCCGGGGAGUACUUCAAGGCGGCUUUGGAAGGGGAUUCUAACUGGUUAGUUGACGAUUUGAGUCCAUACUCACGCUUUCUUGGAGAAGAAGCAGGGGUAUAUAUGCUAUCUGGCUUCCUUGGCGACUCUGGGAAGUCGUCAAAGGGGUUUCUCUCAAAGUUAUGGGACAUCUUGUUGGAAGACCUUAAACAACUUCGGAUAGAAAUGCAAAUCUUGAAGAUAAACCUGGAAAAGUCAAUAUUAUGA